AUGUUAAGUCGAUAUUUGUGCUGAUGAGAGAUACAUAAAAUUUGUUUAAAUACACGAGAACUAAUCCGAACACGAAAUUUUUAUGGGGAAAAAAAAAAUAGUGCCCUCUGUUUGGAAAGAUCAAGGUAGAAUAAAAAGAAAAACAUCAUAGGUUAGUCGAUAUAAUAGAGGUGAAAAAAAUUAAAAAGGAAAAAAAAUACUCCAACCCCCCACCCCUACCCCACUCCUACCCCACCCACCCACCAAACAAACUAUUCUUGUUCUACUAUUAUACACUUUUUUUUGCAGCCACCUUAGUUUUUCUACUAUUCCAAUAUACACUUUCUUCCAUAAAAGCCUCGUACUUUUUCGUUCUGCCUUUUUUUUUUGGAUCAUCAUAUCAUAAGCCUUUUCUUAUUGUACUGAGAUUUCAAUCUUCUUUCUGUGUUUUUUUUCAGAGCAUAUUAGAUCUCAUAUAAAUCUAUUUCUGCAAUUAAAUAAAUAUAUACUGACAAGGAGGGAGUGUACAUGACAUGGUACUGCCUCUCUCCACGUGAAUAACCAACCCCUUUUUCCAAGUUCUUCAUCUGGGGUGUUUGUGUUUUUGCUAAAAUCAUAGUAUUAUUUUGUGAUCUUUCUUAAGUUUGUCUGGUAAAAUCUUGAUCUGGGGUUGUUGUGUUUUUGCUAAAAUAAUAUAUUAUUUUGUGAUCUUAAAAAAGCUUUUUUGGUAAAAUUUUGAUUUGGGGUGGUUGUGUUUUUGCUAAAAGUUGCAUUAUUUUCUGAUCUUUCUAAAGUAUUUUCAUAAAAUCUUGAUCUGGGGUUGUUGUGUUUUUGCUGAAAAUUUAAUAUUUUGUGAUCUUGCUGAAGUUUUUUCGUAAAAUCUUGAUCUGGGGUUUUGUUGUUUUUGCUAAUAUAAUAAUAUUAUUUUCUGAUCUUUAUAAUAUAAAGUUUAAAUUUUUAGUCUAUACCCCACCUGAAUUUUCGGUUUGCCAGCUCAAAAUUUUUCUUGAAUUAUGAUUUCAACAGUGAAACAAUCAGCUUUUACAAUCAAUGGCUGUGAUUUCAUCAGGUCAAAGUCUCAAUCUUUGACUUUUUCUCAUCGUUUUUCGUUACUUCCGCCAUUACCGGCGGCAAUGAAGUCCCGCCGGAGCUCCGGCGUAUCAUUUACCAAGCCUAUUUAUGUUUCAUCUGUUGAAAACUUUGGGGGGCUAAAGAAAGAGAGAUCUAAUGAUAAUUUGGUUAAGGUUAAGGCUUAUGAAGCGGAUCGGAUCGACCCGAUUGAGGGACCCGAUUCGAAAACUGAGGUGGCAAGGAGGUUGAAGAUUGGUGUUUAUUUUGCUACAUGGUGGUUUUUGAAUGUGAUUUUUAAUAUAUAUAAUAAGAAAGUGUUGAAUGCUUUUCCAUUCCCUUGGUUAACAUCAACUUUGUCACUUGCUGCUGGUUCACUUAUUAUGUUGAUGUCUUGGACUCUUAGAAUUGCUGAAACUCCGAAAACCGAUCUUGAAUUCUGGAAAACUCUCUUACCGGUUGCCGUUGCACAUACAAUUGGGCAUGUGGCAGCUACGGUGAGCAUGUCAAAAGUGGCAGUUUCAUUCACUCACAUCAUCAAGAGUGGUGAACCUGCUUUUAGCGUUUUGGUUUCUAGGUUCCUCUUGGGAGAGACAUUUCCUACAGCCGUUUACUUAUCUCUUAUCCCCAUCAUCGGUGGUUGUGGUCUUUCUGCUCUUACAGAGUUGAACUUCAACUGGAUUGGUUUUGCUGGGGCUAUGAUCUCGAACGUGGCAUUUGUCUUCAGAAAUAUAUUCUCCAAGAGGGGUAUGAAGGGAAAAUCUGUUAGUGGGAUGAACUACUAUGCUUGCUUGUCUAUGUUGUCUUUGUUGCUUCUCACACCAUUUGCCAUUGCUGUUGAGGGACCACAAAUGUGGGCUCUAGGAUUUGAAAAGGCUGUCUCUCAAAUUGGUCCCCAAAUCGUCUGGUGGAUGGCGGCCCAGAGUGUAUUUUAUCACCUCUACAAUCAGGUUUCUUACAUGUCCCUGGAUGAGAUCUCUCCCUUGACGUUUAGUAUUGGAAACACUAUGAAACGUAUUUCUGUAAUAGUCUCCUCCAUCAUUAUCUUCCGUACACCCGUCCAGCCAAUCAACGCUCUUGGAGCUGCCAUUGCAAUUCUUGGAACUUUCUUGUACUCACAGGCAAAACAAUGAAGAGUGGAACUUGCAUACCGCGGUAGGGAUAAAGACGUUGAAGAGAACCUUGAGGUCAAUGUCUCUUAGGAUCCUCAGUCUACCCUUGCUUUGAGUUGAACAUGGAACUUAUUUGAGUAUUUUGUAGAUAGCAAUAAUGAGUUGAAGUUAACUCAAAUCCUAUAGAGUUAUCGAGGCCUGGUUUCCUUGUUUUGUUAUUAUUCAUAGAGACAUCAACAAGUGUACUAAUAAGAGUACUUCUUGGGUUGAGAAUGUCAUAAAUUAGUUCAUUGAA